CUCGUUUCCAGCAUUUCCCAGAUAGGGCGACUACGAAAUUCAACAGUUUUCCUCGGGAAAAUAUCGCGAAGAUGCUGACCACAAUCAUGGCAGAGUUUUAGCCGAGUGAGCGGUGAAAAAUCCUGCAGGAUCGAGCAACGUGUUACACAGUUCUUGUUUCCUUAAUUUUCCCUUAUUUUCCGUUUGCUCAUUGGGUGGAGACACACAGGCAAAAUCAACAGAUGCCGGAAAGCGUGCUCUUGCCCGCCAGCUACGUAACGAUGGCAGAGGCCGAGCCGGACUUGAGCACCUUUGAGAACAAGAGCGGCCUUGCUGAGGACAUGAAGUUUUUGGCCAGCAUGCCAGAGCUUUGCGAUGUCACGUUUUUGGUGGGAGAGACCAAAGAACCGGUCUGUGCAGUAAAAGCGGUGCUGGCUGCGCGUUCUCGAGUUUUCCACAAAAUGCUCUAUCAGGCUCCAAGUCCGCAGCGCAAGAAAGAACCGCCGCCACGAGAAAACAAGCUUCGCCUCUUCCUCAAACGGUCCUCUGAGCCGCUGUUGAACCUCCAGAACGCCUCUCAGCAGAGAGGCUACACCCAGCAGCUGGCUUCUAUCCAAGAGCCGCAGUCGCAACAGCACCAAACGCUCAUCAUUGAAGAGUUUGAACCCGACGUUUUCCGCCAACUGAUCGAGUACAUUCAUACAGGGUGUGUCACUUUGCAGCCCCGAACCUUACUGGGCGUGAUGAAUGCAGCGGAUUACUACGGCCUGGAUGAGCUGCGAAGAGCGUGUGCCGGAUUCGUUCAAUGCUGCAUCAACGUUGAUACUGUAUGCGCGUUGCUUUCUUCAGCUGAGCGCUACAUUCAGUAUAAGUGCACCAAAUCGCUGGUGCAAAAGGUUCUGGAGUUUGUGGAUGAGCAUGGAAACGAGGUGUUGAACUUGGGUUCCUUCACUUUGCUACCCCAACAUGUUGUGCGGCUAAUUUUGGCCAGAGACGAGCUUCAAGCCGAUGAGUUCACCAAGUUUCAGGCUGCACUCAUGUGGGGUAAGAAGUAUUGUGACAACAACUCGACCACAAGCCUGAAGGACGUCAUUGGCAACUUCAUCGAAUACAUCCAGUUUCACAAAAUUCCUGCAAACGUCCUGAUGAGGGAAAUUCACCCGUUGCAGCUGGUUCCCUACACCACCCUCAUGAAUGCUUUGGCUUAUCAGGCAGACCCAAACAGUGUUGACCCCGGAAAAUUGUCCCCCAACCGGGUAAGACGCCAGGACCAAGGAAGAUCGAUGAGCGUGCAGAGCAGCCUGGACCCCUACGGCUCCAACACGACUCUGAGCUCCUCCGGAUCUUCUGAGCUCGCUUCUUCUGAUGGCAAGCAUAACUCCAAUUAACAUAAGGCCACUGGUGUGCCCCAACCCGCAGCUCCACCUCCCGGAGCCUCACCCAGCUCCUACCCCACCUCCAGUGCCCCCCUAGUAACCUCUAGCGGCCCUAGCAAUACGGCUUCGGUAAGCUCAAGUCCGCUGCACCAGGUGCAGGUGCAUUCGCCUCCCACUCUGAUGGUGUCUGCCGCCUCUCCGAGUGCAGCCAGCAGUACGCAGCCCUCCCAGCCCUCUUCUCCUGCCCACACUUUUACGUUCACCAUUAUCAUGAAGAAGGUCACUCCGAAGCAGGAGUGGACCGAUUUGUAGGGGCGGCGCAAAGGGUCAAUGGAUCGUAUGAUGGGGUCGACGGAGGUUCUCAUUUAAAGGUGCCUUUGGUACCGAAU